AUGCGUUACGUGGCCGCUUACCUUCUAGCCACCCUUGGUGGGAACAAAGAUCCAUCUGCCUCAGACAUCAAGGCAAUCCUUGAAAGUGUGGGUAUUGAUGUUGACUCCGAAAGUCUUGAUGUGGUUAUCAAGGAACUGAGUGGCAAAGAUAUCUCUGAGGUAAGGUGUUUUAUUGUUUUAUAGUAAAUAAAAACAAUUUUUUUCUUGUUGCAUCUGCAGGGUUGACAGAAAGUUUUGAAGUAGACAGCUGAGUUGUUUUUUGUAAGCCGCUAGUCCAGGGAUAUUUACAGCUGAUUUCAGUGUUGUGUAUACACCUAUUUCAAUUAAGGUUGCUCCCGUGAACCAUGUUUCAUAGCCUGCAGUGCUCUAUGGUAAACCCUAUCGCAGCGGGAAGUUUAGACAGUUUAGUCUUGAUCACGUUCAUUGAAAUAAUGGAGACCAUUUGUGAAAAGGCGUUCAAAUAGCUGCUAAAAUUCUGAAGCAUGAGCGAGCUGAAAAAAUUCAUUUUUAAAAUCUCAUAGUAAAAAAUUAAAGCCUCUUCUUUAACAACAUUAAUAUGAAGAGGGUUUUACCGCCUGAUUCAGAUGCGUCUUUGCAUGGGCCAGAAUGCUGGUUAUUUCAAUAAAGCAAAUCAACGCUAUUCUUUUUUGUUUUAUUCAGAUUUAAAAAAAAAAAGGCCUCAAAAGUAGAUAAACACGUAAUGUUAAGUUAUUUAUUGUUGUUCAACAAACGCCUUGAAGUUGCUUUUUUUAAUUUCCAUCCAAAAUUCCCACGUGCAAGGUGCCAAGCAAAUUCGUUGAAAAUUUGCAGCAUUUGCAUAUUACCACAGAGAAAAACCUAACCUCAAAUCACUGUCUUAAAUUAAAAAGCCAAGGAUUCAGUCUUUUGAAAUACAUUGUCUUAACGUUCUGCUGACAUAGCAUAGAAGCGUCAGCAACGUUUGCUUUCUAGGUUUCUAGGCUCGUUGCGGGCACAUAAAUUACUAGACUUGCUACAAUAAUGCACCGCGGGCUGUGAAACACGGAUCAUACAUCAUUCUUCUCUGAAGCAACCUUAAUUGAAAAAGGUGUACACCCUGAUUUUUAGACAUGAUUCGACGGUCAUGAUUCGACCGAGAGGUUACCACGCAGUACAGUAUUUUACCUUGAUUAUCCUACAGGAAUUAAAGCACAGAAUCUGAAAGUUACUUUAAUGAUAGCUCAAAUGUUUCUAUAUUAAUUCAGAAAAAGUGGACCAUGAUCCAUAAUUUGUUCCCCUUUUUAGACAACAGCCUCUCAUACAAGUCACGCAAUCUAAUCUCAAUACAUGUUAUCGGGCGUGUGCAUGUCUUGAUCAAUAAGUUUUUCGGCUCUUUUCUCAACUUUUUUUGGACUUCUUCCUUGAUCUUUAAAGAAAUAUCAUAUUUUACCCUUUUUCAAUAACAACAAAUGUUGCUUUCUUUUAUGUCUGGUUUUCUUUAUUUGCACUCACUAGGGUCAUAGGUGGAGGACCGAACAUUGUGAUAUUUUUCAAUGGUCGACAAAACAACUUUCAAACUCUCAAGCAAAUUCUUUCACAACGGCAGACUGAUCAAUUUAUCUGUUGAUUUCUUCUGCAAAACGUCAGGUUUUGGUGUUAUUUUUUAACCAUGCAGAAGCUAAGUAAGGACGGAAAGGUACCAACUUGAAGAAAUACAAAUUUUCUCCCUGUUAACAAAAUUUGCAUCACUGUUACAUGUGAAUUGCGGGCGGUAUUCACUAACGGCAAAAUACCGAAACCUUGUCAUAUGGAAGAACUGACUAAACGAUAAACCAUUGGACUAUUUCGCUUUUUGCCAUAUUGAUAAUAUUUCGUCCAUUAUGAAAUCGCCUACAGAAAUACAUUCGAACUCGGCAAUCGAAUGCCAGGUAUCACAUGUUAUCAUAAUUUCUGCAUCAUGUCGCCGCUUUCCAGGCAACACAGCUUUCCUCUUCAGGUAAAACGCAUUUGUCGGGAUUCUAGCUUCGUUACACUUUACGUCCUUAUGUGCUAAGCUUUCCUUGCCAGCCAGAUUUUUCCCUCACUGUUUCGGAUCGCACGGCAGAACUCUCAAUUAUUUUUUCAACCGUUUACGUACUGCGAAGUGAUAGGUCACUUGAUUAGUGUCGAAUCAUGACAGGUUGAAUCAUGACCGGCGAAUCAUGUCUGAAAAUCCGGGUGUAUACAUAGCAAUGAAAUCAGCUGUAAGAAACUCCGUUUGUAAAGAAAUGCCAAGCAGAGUAGCCGGCCAAUACUAACCAAAAAGGCGGCUACUUUUGACAACCCUGCAUCUGUGCUUAUUGUAAAGAGAGAGUUAAUGUUUGCUUGAUAUGAAUACCAAGCAAAUGAAACAACUUACAAAUGACUUCACAGUCACAUUUUUGGUUCUUCUCUGAAGUCCUAUUCUCAUUUAUUUUUUGUUUUGGCCUAUUAAAAUGUAAAAAUUAUGCUUUAAUCAGUUCUUUCAAAACAAGCUGGCGACCGCUGGUGUUCCACCCGCUACUUGAUUGUACAGAUUCACCUAGCUUCAUGGGCCUUGCUGCUCCUUGAUUGUAACAGCGGCUUUCCAGAGUCAGCCGCCUACUUCAAAAUAUUUUGAUUCCCCUGUGUAAUAUUAAAACCUUUUUGGUUGUUAGUUUGUAGUUUGUGAAAACAACCCAAAUGAGCACUCUGAGAUCCACAAUUCAUUAGUUUACUGCUCUUGACUAUUGUUGUUGUUGUUGUUUUUUUAGGUCAUUGCUGAGGGUAAGACCAAGCUAGCAUCUGUUCCCACUGGUGGUGCUGCCAUGGCCGGUGCAGCAGCUGGAGGUGGUGGCGCCCCUGCUGCCGCUGCCGAUACGAAGGAAGAAGAGAAGAAAGAGGAAAAGAAGGAGGAAGAGGAGGAGGAGUCAGAUGAUGACAUGGGAUUUGGCUUGUUUGACUAA